UCGAUCACUAUAGAAAAAAAGAUCUUGCUGGUGUUAUGAGUGUAUCUAAUAUUGUACAUCUCUAACUUUGAUUUGUCAUGACGUUAAUUUCGGACGUAUUGGGUUUGCACGUGUCAUCCAAAUUUAUAUUGGUCGGCCAUGGAAAUCAAGCGGUUUUGCAUACCCCGAAAGAAUCCGUUCAAUUGCCACUAGGCGCUCGUCAAUCUAAAGUACAUGGAUUUGCAUUGAGUUCUUGUCAUGACGCACAACAUCUGUUAUUGCUAUAUGGCGAAAAUGCAUUCUCGUUAUUCAUUUAUAGCGUUAAUGAGAAAAGUGAGCCGUUUCAAUUGAUUUACGAAGGCGAAACAAGAGACUGGAUUAAUGCUGCGGUUAUUUUUGACAAUGAUGAAAAAAAAGAUUGGAAGCUAGUGGUGCACAUGUCUCACAGUGCCUUUUUAUACCUUCAGUGUAGCAUCUCAUCAAUGGUCUGUUCUGUGUUGGAAUUAGCAAGCUGUACCGAUUGCUCCAUGCUUUACCAUACGCGUCUGUAUGGCAAUAACUAUAAUGAUUUGGCAAUAAUAAGUGGAAAUGCGUUUGGUGAAUUGUUGAUUUGGCAUACACAAUGUCCUGUAGAUUCCGAUACAAUUAAUUGUACAAAAAUAUAUCCAUUGCUGUUACGUAUUCAAGCACAUAAUGGGGUUAUCUACUCCAUCAAUUUUAACCUGGCGUUGAAGAUUUUAGUUACUACAUCUGAUGAUCGUUCUGUGAAGUUCUGGAAAAUUCAAAAGGUCGGUUCAUGGAAAACCUUCUAUAUAAAACCUAUGUUUAGCUGCUUUGGACAUACUUCACGAGUUAUGAGCUCUAUUAUAGUCGAAAAUGUUCAUCGUAUCCAGACAUGGCCACACGCUACUCCACAUAUCCGCGCCUCGCUGUCCAGCCCGCUCAGCCUCGGAAAUACAGUCGACAGCUACAUCGGCCCACGCCGGACGCCGCCCUCUUCGUCCAGCCCCGGCUGCACCACCGCCAUCUACGCCUGCUCACGCCGAGCGCCGUCCUCGUCGGCCCGUAAUCCGACCGGUCGUAGGAACCGCGACCUCAUCGUUUUCGAGUCCAGCUGAACGCCGUCCCCGUCACCCCGUGAACCGCCCCGUCGUAGGAGCCCCGGCGCCCUCCGUAAGCUCCCUUCUACAACAUAAGAGCCUCAAUAUCCUCCCGACGGCGCUGGUGGUCCUGGAUAUGGGCUCGAGGGAUUUCGAAACGGGCGCGCUCAUCGACCCAUGUACGCCGGUGAGCAGCAUUGACGACUCAUUGGCCUCCGCCUUCAAGCUACCUACUACGCGCGUCGGCAACGAGAAGGUGUGCACCGCGGUCAUUCGUACCAAGACGGGCGACUUCCGACUGGAAGCCAUCCUGAAGGUCGAGCCCCGUUUGCGACCUUUGAGCGAUACGAUCCGGGCUCGAUUUGACGAUCUGAAGCUCGCAGAUGCGCAAUUCCAUCGACCAGCCACCAUCUCUCUGGUCUUAGGCGCCGACGUCUACCCGAAAGUGACAACCCGGGUUCCUGGCACGCGAGGACGGCCUUCCUGUGGCCAUGAGCACGGUGUUCGGAUGGAUCGUAUCCGGUGCAUGCACGCAGCGAUAGACACCGAUUGGGCUUUGCAUCCUGCAGGGGAGGGGGGGGGGGAAGGAUGUUCAGGCUAGCAGCAGAUGAGUGCCGCGCACUGUGCCCACUUCGUGCGCUCCGGUCCCUACUCGCUCUCGCGCGCUCGGAGGGGCGAUCGGGAGAGUUUACGACCCACGAUCCACACGGCGCUCAAGCCACUAGCCACUAGACACUAGUUUAGUGUCGUUUCAACCCCCGUUUCAAACGCACGAUCUACCCCCGAAAUAAAUACCACAAAGCAUCACGGCAUUUUCUUUACUUGCGAUGGCUACAGGAGGUUUCACUUCAUCAUCCAUAUCGUCAUUGGAGACUGGAGCUUCGUCCGCCCCCCUACAAACACUUGGAGAACCAGGGAGGCUUGGACGAUACAGGUACAGUGAUAUCUGGAACAAAUGUAUUAAGGGAGGAGUAAGUAAAGCUAUAAAACGAGCUAACAGUUGCAUCUUUGUUCGGUAAUGAAUAAAGAAACGACCAAUCAACACGUGAGAGAUGUAGAUCUAAAUCGAUAAAAUUUGUUUUGCGAAAACAUUUUAUGUGACAAGGAGCCAUGGAACUGUCAGCACAACCAGAUCGGGUACACUCAAGGGAUAUCGACAAAGUUGGAUGGUAAGGAUCUUCAGGUAAUGAUAUUGGGCUUGCUCUGGUUACCGUAGCAGGAGAAGCAUCCUUAACAAACAUGAGGUCAAGAAGUCUGUCCCUAAUGUUUUUAACGGCAUUAAUAUGGUCAAGGCAAAUAUCCGUUAGCCCAUUUGUGACGCCCAGCACCAGGAAGACCCAGCGCCGGCGCCACAAACACAACAAAACAUUAGAAACACCGAGUAGAAACCCUGAAGACUAAUUAUACUAGAAACACCAAGAAACGCAAUGAAGACUAAACUAUAAGUAUUAGUAGAAUAAGUAGAACAUAAGAGACAAUACAUGAAGACCUGCCCUAUAAGGAGAAAAGAAAUAAACAGAAAAAGAACAAACAAUAAGAAAAAACCGAAAGAAACAUUAAGCCAACCACAGCUGACCAGCCCAAGUAUGACCAUUCCCCAAACACCAACGGGCACACUAUCAGCUGAUCCGCACAAACGCGUUAGGGACACAUCAGCACAACGCGCUAGGGACAUGCCGUACGGAUCAGCUGCUUUUCGGAAAUAAAAAGGGCUCCGACAGAGCGAUCAGCAUCAGUUCGGCUCCGGCCAGUGGAGAGGUAAGCAUCAGUAGCAGCCACCAGCAGCCCCAGCGAUCCUCCCAUCCUCCUCGGAGCGCAUUUACACCCUUCGCAACAUUUAUUCUCCUCGGAGCGCAUUUACCCUCCGCAACAUUCUUCUCCACGGAGCGCAUUAGACCUCAGCGCCCUCAACCCACACCGACCAGAAGACUACCAGGACCCGCACGCAACCAUCCGCCACGUGCGGCCAACCCGAAGGACGACCCCGAAGGAAGAGCCAGAAGAAAAAAAACCCGCGCACCUACCAACUUUGUACCCUUUAAGAACAAUAAAAAUAACUCUAUCUCUUUUAUUACCGCUCAAGCCCCGCCUUAUUCUUGAACCACGAGACUCUCUUUCAGCUACCACACCCAGAGAUCAAACCAAUUUCUGUGGAACCCGGCGCGACGAGCAUACCCCGGCCGAAGCGUCGUCACAGUGGCGCCCGAGCAGGUUGUGGUAGCAUAAGAAGCAUAAUCUCAAAGGUCAAGAUGGCAAAACAAUGGAUAAACCAAGCAACGAAACUGGAGUUACAGAACUAUUGUGAGGAAUUCGGAUUGGAGAAACUGGACGGACUAGAGACCCAAAGGAAACAACUACUACAAUUUUCGGAGAGAACAGACCUCCCAAUACAUAUUCGAGAGAGGCUAGAAUAACUAGCAAAUACCCAAACAUGAGGAAAAAGCCCGAGAACCAAGAGCCCAAGGCAACAAUCACCAAAAGGAGUACCCCAAAAUUCAACAAUGGAAGAGAGCCAAGGGGAGACCAGUACAGGCAGGAAGAAAUCGCUAUUUCCAAAACAGAUAAAGAAAGGAUCACCAGAAGCAGUAGCGAUAAUAGAAAAAAUACGCAAGUGGGACCUGAUCUUUUCAGGAAACGGAAGGCUGCUAGAAUUCCUGAGCAGGAUGGAGGAAUUAGCAGAAACCUACGGUGUAGAACCGGACCACCUCGUAUUCGCAAUGCCGGUAAUCCUGGAAGAAAACGCGCUAGACUGGUGGCAUACAAAGCCAGCGCCAGUCAUAUCAUGGGAGGAAGCAAAGGUCGGACUAAAAAAAACUUCUUAUCCCCCCGAUACCAAGAGGAGCUUGCAAAACAAGUGUCAGAGCGUAAACAAGCGGAAACAGAACCAGUUCGAGACUAUAUCCAAGAAAUAAGGAAAUUAAUGAAGUUCGGAACCUACACAGAGCAGGAAAAACUGGAAAUAAUAUACCAGAACUGCCGGCUGCCGCUGAAACUAUACGUGAAGAGGAGAGAAUUCCAAAAGCUGUCGUAAUUCAUUAUCAUCGCAGAAGAAUUCGAAAAAAUAGAGACAGAUGCAGGACUCUCCAAGACUACAGGUCGCCAAUGGAAUUACCCACAAAACGACCAACCAGCAUGGCAAAGAACCCAAUACCGACAAAGAAGAUGUCAAAGAUGUGAAAACUAUGGGCACGAGGCCCGAACUUGCAGCAGGAAACCCGUACUGUACUGCUGGACCUGCAACAAACAAGGAGUACGUACAAUAGACUGCUGCAGAAAACAACCGGAAAACACACAGGGCGCAGGACCAACCCGCGAAUCUCCUGUGGCCCAGAACCAGCUGAGCGGGACAACACACAACUAAUAUUUAACAAAAACCAACUUUUAGGACGUGCCAGGAUUGGAUCAAAACUGAUGGAAGUAAUCAUCGAUACAGGGGCAACAAGAUGCAUGAUAAACGAAAGGGCGGCCGAAAAACUAAAAGGAGAAGGUAUCGAAGGAGUGGAAAGCAGAUUAAUCCUUCUCGCGGAUGAAAGCACUCGGAGAACAACACGAAGAAUCCAAAUAACAGUAGAACUAGGGGAAAAAGAAACCACCCAAUCAUUCCUAAUCAUGACAGGGGUACCAGACACCCCUAGGAAUGGAAUUCUUAAAUGAUGCAGGCACGUCAAUAACGUGCGGAGAAGCCACAAUAAACUUCAACGGGGAACCAAACCCAAAGAGAGAGGAGGAAAGCGCAAGAUAUUCAGUAACAGAGCGAACGGACGAGGAAAUCGAAAAAUGGAUUACAACGGAGGUACAGAAAUCCAACACUCUUGAAGGGGUGAGCAAUAUUAUGAAAAAUCGGAGAUUUCUGAAAGAUGACAGACCAGUCAAACAGAGGUAUUACCCAAGAAAUCCAGCGCAAAUGGAAAUCAUCAACAAAGAGAUCAGCGAACUCAUAAAGCAAGAUCUAAUAGAACCAUCACACAGCCCAUACAGCUCACCGAUUGUCCUCAUAAAAAAGAAAACUGGAGAUUGGAGGGUCUGCGUGGACUACCGACUGUUAAACGAAAAAUCAGAGAAGGAUGCAUACCCAUUACCACGGAAGGACUUUAUUCUAAAUCAGCGUAAAGAGGCUAAAUACAUUAGCACGCUCGACUUAAAGUCAGGGUAUUGGAAAAUCCCAAUGGCAAAACAGAGCCGACACUACACAGCCUUUACAGCUCCCGGGCGAGGAUUGUACCAAUGGAAGGUCAUGCCAUUCGGGCUCACAACAGCACCUGCUACGUUCCAAAGAGCCCUAGACUCGGUAAUCGGACCGGACAUGGAACCAUUCGCUUUCGCAUACCUAGACGACAUAAUCGAAAUUGGGCGGAAGAUGCGGACGGAGAACAUGUAAUUUCCUACGCAAGCCGCAAGCUCAAAAGCGAGGAAACCAAAUACUCCGCAACGGAAAAAGAAUCUACUACUGGGGUAUACACAAGAUGAGGAUGUACCUAGAAGGCUAUCAAUUUAAUGUAAUAACAGACCACCUAGCCCUCAAAUGUUUAAAUUCCAUCGAAAGCCCAUCCGGACGAGUAGCAAGAUGGGCAUUGGGACUGCAACCAUUUUCAUUCGAAAUACGAUAUCGAAAAGGCAAGUUGAACGCAGUGGCGGACGGACUCUCCCGCAGACCACGCGAAGAAACCCGAAUAGCACAAAUCGUAGAAUGCGCUUGGUAUCAAACCAAAUGGAACCAAGUAGUGAUGACACCAAAAGAAGCUACGGAUUAUACCAUAAAACACGGAAGAUUAUACCGACACAUACCAAGCCCAACCGACGAAGACGAUCAACCCUGGAAACUGUGCGUGCCAAAACAAGAGAGAAAAUCACACAAACCCAGCAGCCGGACAUCUCGGGAUCCGACGCACAAAAAUCAGAAUAAGGCAGCGAUACCUUUGGCCAGGGCUAAGCAGAGACGUAACACGAUUCUUACGAACAUGCGAAAGCUGCCAAAAAUUUAAGGUAUCGCAACAAGCAGCGGCAGGCAAAAUGCUGACCAAAAUCGCAAACGCACCAUGGGAAACAAUAUGCGUCGAUUUCGUGGGACCACUCUCAAGAUCGCCGGACGGCAACACCGCACUAAUCGUGUUUAUCGAUAAAAAUUUACAAGCAGAAAAACGAGACAGGUAAUGAAAACGUGGGGCACCACCCAACAAUUCACGGCACCAUACACACCACAAGAAAAUCCAACCGAACGAGCGAACCGAACACUAAAGACGAUGAUCGCACAAUUCGCGGGAGGAAAACACAACAAAUGGGACGAACAACUACCAGAACUAACCCUAGCGAUAAAUAGCAGCAAGUCAGAGGCAACAGGGUUUAGUCCAGCAUACUGAUAUUCGGGAGAGAACUUAGAUUGCCGGGCAAGCUAUUCGACGAGGUAACACUAGGGUCAGGUUUUAACAAUCAAACAAACCAAGAAAGCACCGACAAACGAAAACAAACAGAAACAUAAGCCAGGCAAAACAUGGAAGAAGCAGCAGCAAAACAGGCAAGACAUUACAAUUUGCGAAGCGAGCAUGGAAGCCAAAAAAGGGGACCUGGUAUGGGUACGAACGCACCCACUAUCGAAAAAGAUCGACAAAACAACAACUCGAACUAACCUCACCAGUGAUUACAACAGUACAAGAUACGACAACGAUAAAAAAACUACGAGCACACGUCUCACAACUAAAACCAGCAAAAAUAGAGGAAGCAAACACAAUAAGGAUGCCAUCUCUCUACCUUUUCAGAAAGAUGGAAAAUAAUGAAAAUAAAUUCAACAUUUCGGCCCGGAAAUUUAAGGAAAGGAUGGCACAGGCCAGCCACAAAAACCGAGCGGCAAUACUACUAUCGGCCGCCCCCCCAAACAGCUCACGGAUGAAAGUAUCAGGAACAAAAGUGUCAGCACCCAGGAAGACAGCAACAAACAAAACGAUGGAAACCACGGCAGGACAGCGCGAGACACAAGGAGAACCAGAAGAAACACACAAGGAAGUAAUCCCCACAAGGAAGAGGAUCAGCUGGGCGAACCAGGCCAACCAACAGGAACAAAUGGCACAAAGAGUCAGCAAACAACAAGGCACGGAACUUUCCUGGGCAGAACAAGUAGAAGUCGAAGAAUCGGACAGGGAAGUGCUGGACCUAAGCCCCGAGUGGCAAACACCAGAACCGGGACCAUGCAAGCGCAGCCAGAGGGGAAGCAUCCCGAGGGAAUGGAAAAUAAAAAUAAUAAUAAGAAAAAAAAUCAAAGCGAAACUCGAAGACCGCUCGAAACACACGCAAAGACGCUUCAAACUAUGGAACGAGGAACAGGAGGUGUGCUGGGUCAAGAUCGGCCGAACGGGAGAUGUCCGCAUCGGUACCUGGCUCCGAGCGACCCAAGGAAAGACAACCGAACACGCCACACUGGGAAAGGAGGGCGGAGUGUGACGCCCAGCACCAGGAAGACCCAGCGCCGGCGCCACAAACACAACAAAACAUUAGAAACACCGAGAAGAAACCCUGAAGACUAAUUAUACUAGAAACACCAAGAAA